UGUGUGUGUGUGGGUGCACUUGUAAUGACCGUCAAUCGGGGAGGUUCAUAUGAAUACACAACUUCCAACUGUGGAGACACAGCAAACCGUGGAGCUCCACAGUUGCAGAAUCAUUAAAACGAGAUUUAAAUCAGCUUUGGGACAUCUCAGUAGUACCCCAUCAACGUUCGGCUGCGAUUUAACUCCAUCCCCGGUUUCCCACUUUGGAGUCAUAGCUUGCAGCCUGAAUAUGUGUAUUAUUUUCCGAUCUCAAGAAUAAUAUCAAGUGAAGAGCGCCAGCAUGAGGAUACACACUGCACAGUCUGUAUCUUAUUAGAUGCAGCGCAUGCGCAGUGCUGGUGCAGUGCACCUUGCGACGUGCCUGUUAACGUAUAUGGACAUGUCAUGGCGGGAUUAGUACAGCCACAACUGGCAAAAAAUCGGAUUCUCAGAAGUCAAACCAGACAGACAGUUCCAGAUAUUUUUAGUGAAGUUGAUCCUGAAGGAUUUACAGUGAAACAGCUGCCUGACAAAGGUAGAGCAGUCUUUACCACCAAAACGUUUGAAGAGGGAGAAUUCCUUUUGUGGUACAGAGGAGAUCUGGUAACCAGAGAUGUGGGGGAAAGAAGAGAUGCAGACUGUGAAACUUGCUUCAGAUACUUUUUCACAUGGAAAGGGACGAAAUGGUGUAGGGAUGCAUCAGUCGAACCAACUAAACAACAACUGGGACGACUCGUCAACCAUGGUUGGAGGGGUGAAGUCAACAGCAGAAUGAAGAUUAGAGAGAACCCUCACAAUGAACCAGAACUGGUUCUCUUCUCAUUGAAGAAAAUCAAAGAAGGUGAAGAAGUGUUAUAUGAUUAUGGGGUGGGAGAUAAUUUUGUAUUCCCAAGUCCUACUCAAUUACACAGUGGAGUCCAAGAUGAAAAACCUGAAAUUCUGCAAAAUUCUGCAAACCUCCCACCAGACCCAGAAAAAGUUUGUUCACCAUUCUCCGAGCCUGCCACACAAGAACUACUGGAACCAGAUGGAAACUUUUCACAGUCCAAUGUUCGAGCUGAUGAUGAUGAAACAUCUGAAGAUCGAUGCAGAAACCCCCCUAAUAACGAAACAAAUUGGGAACCAUCCCCUAAGCCUGCCACACAAGCUUUAAUGGAAUCAGAUGGUAAGAUUUCACAGUUCAGUGUUUCAGCUGAUAAUGAUGACACAUGUGAUGAUCCAUGCCGGAACCCCUCUAAUAACCAAGAACAUUGGGAACCAUCCCCUGAGCCUGCCACACAAGCGUUAAUGGAAUCAGAUGGAAAGCUCUCCCAGUUUGAUGUUCCAGUUGAUAAUGAUGACACAUGUGAUGAUCCAUGCAUAAACCCCCCUAAUAACCAAGUGCAUUGGGAAUCAUUUACUGAGCUUGCCACACAACCUUUAAUAGAACCAGAUGGAAACCUUCCACUUUCCAAUGUUCUAACUGAUGAUGCUGAAACAUCUGAUGAUCUAUGCAGAAACCCCCCUAAUAACGAAACAAAUUGGGAACCAUCCCCUGAGCCUGCCACACAAGCUUUAAUGGAAUCAGAUGGAAAGAUUUCACAGUUUAAUGUUUCAGCUGAUAAUGAUGACACAUGUGAUGAUCCAUGCAUAAACCCACCUAAUAACCAAGUGCAUUGGGAACCAUUUACUGAGCUUGCCACACAACCUUUAAUGGAACCAGAUGGAAACCUUUCACUGUCCAAUUUUCUUGCUGAUAAUGAUGACACAUCUGAUGAUCUAUGCAGAAACCCCCCUAAUAACCGAGAGCACUGGGAACCAUUCCCUGAGCCUGCCACACAAGCAUUGAUGGUACCAGAUGGAACCCUUUCACAAAAUAUUUUUUCAAGUGAUAAUGAGGACAUAUUAUCUGACCAUAAUGAUGAUAGUGAUGAUGAUCCAGACUAUGUCUGUGAUUCUCAAGGAGAUUCUGACUCUUCAGGGAAGACUUCAUUAAAUAAUUCUCAAGCAUCAUUGCCUAAGGCUAAAUGUACAUCAAUAAAUGGCAUCACUCGAUCACUGAAAUCUCUGUCAUCAGAUCAGUCAUUGGAGGCAUCAUCAAGAUAUGGAGGCAUUGAUGCUGACCAUGAGGGGAUAACUGUGAUGAAGACCAACAAUCAAGGAGGGCGAAAAUAUGACAAGGUAGCUUAUUGCAUGAUGUGUGAGAAGCCCCACAAAAAACUUCCUGAUCACCUGCGGUCACAACAUUCCAAUGAAAUAAAGGUGGCGCAAUACAUGGCAGCAACGAAUCGAAAAGAAAAGGAUAAGCUAUUGACAUUGAUAAGAAAUAAAGGAAAUCACAUGCACAACUACAGGGUCUUCGAAAAGGGUCAUGGAGAGCUUGUGGUCGUAUAUAGACCUUCUUGUGAAGCAAAGCCCCGUGAUUAUCAGCCUUGCAAAGAUUGUUUGGGAUGGUUUGCGAAAGCCGAAUUGUGGAAACACCGCUGCAUUUUGAAGCAAGAAGAGCCGGCUAAGGAGCAAAAGAAAAAACGAAGAAGACUAUUAGCACAAGGUCGACUCUUGCUUCCACCAGUGCCCUGCACAUCAAGAGAUUCUAUAACACACAAAGUACUGAGUGGUCUCAGCGAUGAUGAAAUCAAGGCCUGCAUUCUAAAUGAUCAGUUGAUUCUAGAAUUGGCCAAGGUGUACUCUAAGAAAUUGGGCCAUGACGAAGAACAGCACAACCACAUCAGAUGCAAGUUACGAGAACUAGGAAGACUUGUACUUCAGUUCAGACGUUGCAGCUGCAAUGGCAAGGCAAGUCUGACUUCCCUGAUAUCACCAAAUGGUUUUAUGACUGUCUUGAGUGCUGUCAAGAAAGUGGCAGGCUUUGAUGAGGAGAACCACUUGUUCAAUACACCAAGUCUAGCACUUAAGCUGGGACAUACCUUAAGAAAGGCUGCCUUUGUGCUCCUGAGUAAGGCUUUGAUGGACAGAGAUGGGGAUGACAUGCAGAAACUUGUAGAAAAGUUCAUCAAGCUGCUUGACACUUGUUGGGGAUCUGAAAUCUCUACUCAUGCUCUACGAACUUUGUACCAGAGGAAACGAAACCAGCCCAAACUCCUACCCCUAACGAGUGAUGUUGUGGCUUUGUCAAGACACCUAGAGGUACAGGCUGAACUUUGUGUAGACAAACUGUCAUCUGGGACCGCAAUCGAAAACCAUAGCACAUGGAGAGAACUCAACAAGACCAUGCUGGCUCAUCUCAUUGUGUUUAAUAGGAGGAGACAAGGGGAAAUCAGCAAGAUGACUCUUGAUGACUACAAUAAAAUCAAGAAAGGUGAAUCUCAUAUGGUGGAAGGACAACUAGAGAUGCUGAAAGACUGGGAAAAAAAUCUUGUAAAGUUUCUCUGGAGAGUUGAGGUAGUAGGAAAACGUGGCAGGACAGUGCCGAUCCUUGUGACAGACUCCAUGAAAUCAUGUGUAGACACCCUUGUAUCCCACAGGGAGGAAGCAGGUGUAAACCCAAGCAACAAAUACCUGUUCGCCGUAGCCAAUAGUGACACUACAUCUCAUGUUCGAGGGUCAGAUGCUCUCCGUGAGCUGUCAGAAGCAUGUGGAGCACAAAAUCCUUCAACACUUCGAUCCACAAAAUUACGGAAGCAUGUAGCUACCAUGUCACAACUAAUGAGCUUGAGGGACCAUGAGAUGGACGCCUUAGCAAACUUCAUGGGCCACGAUAUUAGGAUACAUAGGGAGUAUUAUAGACUGCCAGAUGCUGCUAUGCAGGUGGCCAAAAUAUCAAAGAUCCUGUUCGCCAUGGAGGGAAAAGCUGGGAACCCGGUCCAGCUGAUUGGCACUGCAAAAAGUCUGGAUGAGCUUCAAAUCAAGUUAGAUGAAGAGAUCGACACUGGAGAACAGGGACCUGAAUCAUGUGAUGACAAUUGUGACAGCGAUGUUGAUUCUGGUGAUCAUGAUGUCGAACGUCAGCUACCUGGAUGCUCCCAAAAAGGUACCAAAAGGCAAAGGCAAACGCAACAUGUACUGGAAGAGGUUGAUGAACAGCCAAUAAGGAAGAAACGAAAGACAGCAUGGAGCGAUGCGGAAAAGUCGGCUGUCCAGAGACGUUUAGGAGCCUUUAUGACUGUUCAUUCUAAGCUACCUGGCAAGAGAGCGAUAGACGAAUGCUUGAAAGCUGAAGCUGUGCUGAAACACAGAACGUGGGUCAACAUCAAAGACUACGUAAGAAACUCGAAGGUUACCAAAAGCAGAAAAACACAGCCUUGGUAAAAACAUUCCCUUUAAUAUCAAAUCACCAUUUUUAUAUUGAAUACACACAUGCUUUUGUUUUGAGUCACCAAACUGCUGAAAAUGCUCAUAAAUUACAAGGCAUGUUCUUGUUAUUACAGUCUAAAAUGUGUAUUCUUUUACAUUUGGUUUCUCCAUGUAUUCAUAAAAUGUUUACCCACUCUACUGGCAAAGGAUUUGUUAUUUUGAGGUUUUAUUAUCAUUUUUGUAGGCAUCCGGCAAUUUGUAAUUGUGUUAGGGUCUUAGUGGACCUAUGCUUGGCCACUCCCAGAUAUCAAUGACAGGGAGCAUAUCGUUUAGGCAACAUGUACUGAUUACAAUGAGAAUUUUGCAGCAUGAGUUGGAAAUAUCCUAUUUGAACAAGAAAAAAAAACCCAUAGAUUUUUUAACGAAAUAAAUCAGUGGAAGUUGUAAUCAAACAGUCAAGUAUUUGCAUUUACAUACCAUAAUGGCAGCAUAAGAAGGCAGUAGGGGAAUUGACUAGUGUAAUGCUUGUACAUUUGUGACACAAUUAAAACUUAAACAACAUUUAUUAUGAGAACACGUUCAGUAUAGUGUAUUAAUAUCAUCAUCAAGGGAGAGUGCCCUUACUAUGUGUAAAGGGUGCCCCUUUUCAUUUUGGACAGAACUUGUGUUGUUUCUGAUAUUAUUAUGGGGUUGUACUAAACACUCGGGUCGCGGCGCGCUGAAAAACACUCGGGUCACGGCUCGUUUGGCCAUCUUUUUUUAAGUGUCUUCAAAUCGGCUUUUUAAUAUAAGGGGGAAAUCUUAUUUCAAAUUAGCGACUGUUUUUACACUCGGGUCGCGGCUCGCUGGGCCAUUUUUUCAAUGAUGUCUUCAAAGGGGAUGCGUGGGGAAAUUUACUUUAAAAACGAAGUUGUAAGUUGUGAUUGUUUUUUGUUCAAUGAUAGACAAAUAAGAAGAUUAUAAUUAAGGCUGACAUCGGGAAAGACAAAUAUACUAGGUGGGUAAAGUGGAUUUUAGAUAAAGUGUAAUAGUACAUAGGUAUAUGAUCUAUUAAUAUGAUAGAAACAAGGAAGAAUGGAUACAGUGAGAAGAUGAAUUGUGGGAAAUUAAGAACUACCAAGAGAGGAAUACAAAAACAAAGAAUGAAAGAAUGAAAUGAAUAUUUCCAUCAUUCCUUGUAAUAUCCUAUCAAGUUUUAUUCCUCGCUUUAUUUUCAUAUUUGUCAGUCUUUAAAAAAUAUUCUUUCUAAAUUUUAUUCUACCCCUUUAUUUCUCAUCUUUUUUCUAUCAUGUAAAUCUUUAUUUCCUCCACUCUUUUCUUUAUAUCUUUAUCACUGUUAAAUUUGACCAAUGAAUUCUUUCAAUUCCCUUUUUAUUAAAUAUUUGUUUUCUUUCAUUCUUUGUUUAUGUAAUCCUCUCUUGUUAGUUCUUAAUUUCCCACAAUUCAUCUUCUCACUCUAUCCAUUAUUCCUUGUUUCUAUCAAAUAUACAGUUCAUUUCCCUUGUAGUAUUACACUUUCUCUAAAAUCCACUUUAAUCACCUAGUAUUUUGUCUUUCCCAAUGCCAGCCUUAAUUCUAAUCUUCUUAUUUGUCUAUCAUUAAAAAAAUAAUAAUCACAACUUCCAACUUCUUUUUUAAGAAAAUUUCCCUACGCAUCCCCUUUGAAGACAUCAUUGAAUAAAUGGCCCAGCGAGCCGCGACCUGAGUGUAAAAACAGUCACUAAUUUGAAAUAAUAUUUUCCCCCUUAAAAACCGAUUUGAAGACACCAUUUUGUUUAAAUGGCCAAACGAGCCGCGACCUGAGUGUUUAGUACAAGCCAUUAAUAUGGGAUAGUGUAGAGAUAGAAUUUGUACACUUUUGUUUAAUUAGCAAUGCAGUAGUUUCUGCAGAUUUAGUAUAAUUGUGGCAAAAAAUAGAGGGGGAGUCAAUGAUCAGUGCCCCCUUUAAAAAGUAAACCGAAUGUAUGUUUGUUGUGAAUUAAUAAGAACAGAUCUGAAUAUUAUUCUCAGAUUUCCCACAUACAUAAAAUAUGUCAAUUUAGUGUUUAAGCACUAGACUAUAGAUGAUGGUUGUAAUGUGAAUAAUUAGUUGUGAUGGGGG